UUAAUUCACAUCUUCUCACCAUAUUAUUAUUAUUUCUUUUGUCAUACAAGACUAAUUAAUUCAUACUUUUUAAAAAAAAUUAGUUGAUUUAGUUAGUGACAAAAUUUGUCCACAAUUUUGAACAAAUGAGGAUAUAUAAACAAAAAAAAAAUUGAAAAAAAAUAAACUUGUGUGACAAUUUGUCAUAACCUGACAAGUUAAUAAGUUGUUACCUGACCCCAAAGACUAAAAUAAAUAAAAAAAUCUUUUAAGGAUUUAAAAUCAAAACAGAGGGAAAGGACUGAAAAUUAUGAUGGCCAAAAUAUGGAAGAGCAAGAGAGAGAUGGGAAUAAAAAAAGUAAGUUGAUAAAUGUGAUAAGUUAUUUAAAAUGAUAAUAAAAUAUAUGAAAAUGACUAAAAAUUAUAAAGGAAGAAAAGUUUAAGGAGAAAAAACAUUUGUCAGGAUGAUAAACAUAGAUUAAUCUUUUUCCUUUUCUUAAACAUUUCCAUGUGUAUAGGAGAGAGAGAGGGGUAACCAGAAGAAAGCACAAAGUUCAUUGGUUCCAUGCAAAAUGUCUCCAAUCUCUUGGUCUCUCCAUCAGCUUCCACCUCACCAAUCUCUUUCUUUUUAUAUUUUUCUAUAAUUUUUUUCUCCCAUGCAUGGAUUUCGUUUGGAAUAUGCCAAUUCAGGAAAUGAAAAACCAAGAGAGAGAUGGGUUCCAAACUUCUAAUUCCACGAGAUUUGCCACCAUUUUCGGCCUAAGAAACCUCUCUCCUGCUUCUUGUGGACGUGGUGUUGGACCAUGCUCUGAACUGCAACAUUGUUACAUGAAUCCAUAUACACACAAAUUUCUUUUCUUUUCUUUUCCCUUUUUUUACUUUUAUUUCUUGUCAUUGGCUUCUUCUCCAGGUAAUCGUUUUUCUUCUCCUCUCUUUGUCAAAGAGACUGGAACCUCUGAGAAUUUGUUGAAGAGGCAUGUUUUCCUUACAACCAAAAGAUGAUGAUGUGAAAUAACUGAAAGGAUCAUAAGUUCUCAGGUUGAAAUGGAUUGUCAUGGUGGUAUUUCCCAAAGCUCUCCAAACAGGGAGUAUGAAGGCCUUAAUGGACCGGUUUUCUUACAUGGUGACUUGGAUCUGUUGAUAAUAGAAGCCAAGUCUCUUCCAAAUUUAGAUUUAUCCAGUGAAACAAUUAGAAAAUGCAUCACUAUGGGCAACAUGUGCCACCCUCCAUUUAUAAAAGGACUAAAGACACACUCUGGAAAAGACAAGAUGAUAACUAGUGACCCUUAUGUUUCUGUAUGCAUUGCUGGGGCUACCAUAGCUCAGACUAGAGUGAUUGCUAACUGUGAGAACCCUUUGUGGGAUGAGCAGUUUAUUGUGCCUGUUGCUCACCCUGCUCAAAAACUUGAGUUCCUUGUGAAGGACAAUGAUAUUCUUGGGGCUGAACUCAUUGGAGUGGUGGAGAUACCUGUUCAGAAGAUAAUUGCAGGAAAUACUGUUAAUGAUUGGUUUCCCAUCAUUGGUCAGUACGGAAACUGCUUAAAACCUUAUCCUGAAUUGCAUAUUUCUGUUCAGUAUAGGCAAAUUGGAGUGAACCGUUCAGAAAGUAUUAGUAGUGGGGAUGGAAAAGCCUUAGGAGUUCCUAAAACAUAUUUCCCUCUCAGGAAAGGAGGGAGUGUGACUCUAUAUCAAGAUGCACAUUUACCUGAUGGUAUGCUACCUGAAAUUACACUUGAGGGUGGAAAAGUGUUUCAGCAUAAUAAAUGUUGGGAGGACAUAUGCCAUGCAAUUUUGGAAGCUCAUCACCUGAUAUACAUUAUAGGAUGGUCAGUUUACCACCCAGUGAGGCUGGUCAGAGAGGCAACAAAACCAUUGCCUUCUGGGGGAGAGCUUUCACUUGGAGAGCUGUUGAAGUACAAGUCACAAGAAGGGCUCCGAGUGGUUAUGCUGAUUUGGGAUGACAGAACUUCACAUGACAAGUUUCUUUUGAAAACAGAUGGUGUCAUGCAGACUCAUGAUGAAGAAACUAAGAAGUUUUUCAAACAUUCUACUGUUCAUUGUGUGCUAUCUCCACGCUAUGCAAGCAAUAAGCUCAGUAUUUUCAAGCAACAGGUUGUGGGAACCCUCUUUACGCAUCACCAGAAAUGUGUUCUUGUAGACAGUCUAGGUUCUGGGAAUAAUAGGAAAAUAACAGCUUUCAUUGGUGGUUUGGAUCUAUGUGAUGGUAGAUAUGAUACACCGGAGCAUCGGCUUUUUCGUGAUCUAGAUACAGUCUUUCAUAAUGAUUUUCAUAAUCCUACAUUUCAAUUACAUUCGAAUUCAUGUGCACCAAGGCAGCCAUGGCAUGACUUACAUUGCAAAAUUGAAGGUCCAGCAGCAUAUGAUAUAUUGACCAAUUUUGAACAAAGAUGGAGGAAGGCCAAAAAAUGGCGCGACUUCAGGCUCAAAAAGGUGACCAAUUGGCAUGAUGACGCUUUGCUAAGGCUAGACCGGAUUUCAUGGAUUGUCAAACCUUCUCCUUCUUCCAACGGCGAUAAAUCUGUUCAUGUAACCGAUGAAAAUGAUCCCGAGAGUUGGAAUGUGCAGAUAUUUAGGUCCAUAGAUUCAGGAUCUGUGAAGGGAUUUCCUAAGGAUGUUGACAAAGCUAAGGCUCAGAAUCUUUUUUGUGGAAAAAAUUUGAAAGUAGAUCAAAGCAUCCAUACUGCUUAUGUGAGAGCAAUAAGAUCCGCUGAGCACUUUGUAUAUAUUGAGAAUCAGUAUUUUUUGGGCUCCUCCUAUCAUUGGCCUUCAUAUAAAAACAAUGCAGGUGCUAACCACUUGGUUCCCAUGGAGUUGGCUUUGAAAAUUGCUGGUAAGAUCGGUGCAAAUGAACGUUUUUGUGUAUAUAUAGUUAUACCAAUGUGGCCAGAGGGUGUUCCAACAAGUGCUGCUGUUCAAGAAAUAUUGUUCUGGCAGGGACAGACAAUGUCUAUGAUGUACAAGAUUGUAGCUGAUGCCCUUGAAAAAGCAGGACUUUCUUAUCAGUAUCAUCCACAAGAUUAUCUCAAUUUUUACUGCCUUGGAAAGAGAGAACCACAAUCCACAAAUAUUUCACCAACACCAAAUCCAUCUGAAAACCGCGCUUUGGUAUCAGUUAAAAAAUUCAGACGUUUUAUGAUUUAUGUUCAUGCCAAAGGAAUGGUAGUUGAUGACGAAUACGUAAUUAUUGGAUCAGCAAACAUUAACCAGAGAUCCUUAGAUGGUUCAAGGGACACAGAAAUAGCUAUGGGUGCCUAUCAACCAAAAUAUACAUGGACAGAAAAGAAUGCUCAUCCACGUGGCCAGGUGUAUGGAUACAGAAUGUCACUGUGGGCUGAGCACCUUGGCAGUCUUGAUCAUUGUUUUGCUGAACCUCACAACCUGGAAUGUGUCAGACAUGUCAACAAAAUUGCCAAACGAAACUGGGACAUAUAUGUGUCUGAGGAAGAGAAUCGGAUGAGGGGACACUUGAUGCAAUAUCCAGUUAAGAUCAGCAGGGAUGGAAAAGUCAGUGCACUUGAUGAUUAUGAAUCCUUUCCUGAUGUUGGUGGCAAAAUUCUUGGAUCACCAAAUUCACUUCCGGAUGCAUUAACCACCUGAUUAACCAAAGUCUUAGAAUAUUCGCCUACAGAUAUAUAUAGCCGCUAAGAAUUGCAGCUCAAAAAAUUGGUAAUGAUGGUAAAGCCAAUUUAUAUACACUUAAAAUUACCUUUUGUAUGUAAAUUUCUGUAUUUGAUAGUGAGUGCAUAGAUCUCUUUUAAUAUAUAUAUAGGUGCGAGUAUGGGACUAGUUGAGUACUAGACUAGUAGUACUCGUUCCUGCAUCCAUCCCAUUAAAUUUUGUGGUAAAUAGCCAGACCCUGAUCUGUUCCCAUUGAGCGGGUAUCCAUAGAGUCUGGAUAUAAUAUCUAUCCCUAAUUGUCAUAUAAAAAUCUUUAGACUGACAAUGUAUCAAAAUAAAGCUCUAAAUGAAAGUAGUACAAUUUAAAUUUGUAGCUAGUAUGAACUAGAUGUAUCGAGGGCUUUUGCUACUCAUAAUCGACGUGUCUGUACAUUAGGGACAUGUAAGUUUUUGUCUCACGCAACUGAUUAAAAAUGGAUUUCAGCCUUCCUGCACAGUUAUAUUUACCGUUGUGGGAACAAUAGAUACAUUAUGGUCAGAGAACAAUCAAGAGGAAGAUGGAGCUUGGAGCUUGGAAAAUAUAGAUGAUGUGGUCACAUUCUGCAUGAGUGCUCUAAUUUCCUAAUUGAGUCUGCUUUUGACGUACUUGGUUGGCUGGUGCAUUGAGUAACAUCUAUAAUGUGGUAGCAUAUGCACAUGUAUAAUGCCAGGGGUAAGCAGAGCAGUAGAUUCAGUUGAUGCAUGAAAUGUAUUUUUUGGAUCAUGGUUUUUCCUUUCACGUGUAGCAAUUUUAAUUUAGUUGCUAGUUUGGUGGCUUUUUAAUAUACGGGAUGAAGAUGAGGAAUGGAAAAAGAGUUGGGAACUUAAGAUAUUCUUGCUGCAUAAUACAUGACAUCAUUGAUUAUGCAUAACAUACAGUUCUUGUAUUUCUGUCCCCUAUACUGUAAAUCUGUAAUCUAGAUAUGAUUUUCAUUCAAUUUGAAGAAUUUGAAGUUGUUAAGUUGGGAUUUAAA